AGGCUGGCGGAGGAGCUUGAGCAGAAGGCAGCGGAGAAUGAGAGGCUGGCGGAGGAGCUUGAGCAGAAGGCAGCGGAGAAUGAGAAGCUGGCGGAUGAGCUUGAGCAGAAGGCAGCGGAGAAUGAGAGGCUGGCGGAGGAGCUUGAGCAGAAGGCAGCGGAGAAUGAGAGGCUGGCGGAGGAGCUUGAGCAGAAGGCAGCGGAGAAUGAGAGGCUGGCGGAGGAGCUUGAGCAGAAGGCAGCGGAGAAUGAGAGGCUGGCGGAUGAGCUUGAGCAGAAGGCAGCGGAGAAUGAGAGGCUGGCGGAUGAGCUUGAGCAGAAGGCAGCGGAGAAUGAGAGGCUGGCGGAUGAGCUUGAGCAGAAGGCAGCGGAGAAUGAGAGGCUGGCGGAUGAGCUUGAGCAGAAGACAGCGGAGAAUGAGAGGCUGGCGGAUGAGCUUGAGCAGAAGGCAGCGGAGAAUGAGAGGCUGGCGGAGGAGCUUGAGCAGAAGGCAGCGGAGAAUGAGAGGCUGGCGGAUGAGCUUGAGCAGAAGGCAGCGGAGAAUGAGAGGCUGGCGGAUGAGCUUGAGCAGAAGGCAGCGGAGAAUGAGAGGCUGGCGGAUGAGCUUGAGCAGAAGGCAGCGGAGAAUGAGAGGCUGGCGGAUGAGCUUGAGCAGAAGGCAGCGGAGAAUGAGAGGCUGGCGGAUGAGCUUGAGCAGAAGACAGCGGAGAAUGAGAAGCUGGCGGAUGAGCUUGAGCAGAAGACAGCGGAGAAUGAGAAGCUGGCGGAUGAGCUUGAGCAGAAGGCAGCGGAGAAUGAGAGGCUGGCGGAUGAGCUUGAGCAGAAGGCAGCGGAGAAUGAGAGGCUGGCGGAUGAGCUUGAGCAGAAGGCAGCGGAGAAUGAGAAGCUGGCGGAUGAGCUUGAGCAGAAGGCAGCGGAGAAUGAGAAGCUGGCGGAUGAGCUUGAGCAGAAGGCAGCGGAGAAUGAGAGGCUGGCGGAGGAGCUUGAGCAGAAGGCAGCGGAAAAUGAGAAGCUGGCGGAUGAGCUUGAGCAGAAGGCAGCGGAGAAUGAGAGGCUGGCGGAGGAGCUUGAGCAGAAGGCAGCGGAGAAUGAGAGGCUGGCGGAUGAGCUUGAGCAGAAGGCAGCGGAGAAUGAGAGGCUGGCGGAGGAGCUUGAGCAGAAGGCAGCGGAGAAUGAGAGGCUGGCGGAGGAGCUUGAGCAGAAGGCAGCGGAGAAUGAGAGGCUGGCGGAGGAGCUUGAGCAGAAGGCAGCGGAGAAUGAGAGGCUGGCGGAUGAGCUUGAGCAGAAGGCAGCUGAGAAUGAGAAGCUGGCGGAUGAGCUUGAGCAGAAGGCAGCGGAGAAUGAGAAGCUGGCGGAUGAGCUUGAGCAGAAGGCAGCGGAGAAUGAGAGGCUGGCGGAUGAGCUUGAGCAGAAGGCAGCGGAGAAUGAGAGGCUGGCGGAUGAGCUUGAGCAGAAGGCAGCGGAGAAUGAGAGGCUGGCGGAGGAGCUUGAGCAGAAGGCAGCGGAGAAUGAGAAGCUGGCGGAUGAGCUUGAGCAGAAGGCAGCGGAGAAUGAGAAGCUGGCGGAUGAGCUUGAGCAGAAGGCAGCGGAGAAUGAGAGGCUGGCGGAGGAGCUUGAGCAGAAGGCAGCGGAGAAUGAGAGGCUGGCGGAGGAGCUUGAGCAGAAGGCAGCUGAGAAUGAGAGGCUGGCGGAUGAG